AUGGACACCGCAUUUACCAAGUUUCCUGAAGUCGACCAGGAACUUUUGCAAGAAGCUCUACUGUCUUUGAAAUCCCUUUCCAGCAUAAUGGAUGGAACUGGUAUACAUUCCAUCGAGAAGGCCAUUGUUGGCCAGCUCACCGAAACACUUCGACUCCUGCUGCACUCAGACCUGGAAAUCGAAACUGAUGAACUUCCAAUACCUCGUGACUCGCCGUUGGGUCUCUUUCCGUUCGCUAACCCGAUCUUACCACAAGACUUCGGCCUCGCGUUUGACAACAUCGACUGGGAGAAUGUUACGGAUCCUAUUCCUGGCGCUCCAUACCCCAUACGGUCUUUUGCAGCUAUGAUGGUCAUCCUCACGAUCUUCUCAACCUGGCCACACGAAGCACUCAUGCGCAUGUUUGACCGUACCAACCAGCUCGGCAACGUCAUCAUGGCCCACUUUUGCGCCGUACGAUUCAUUCUGUCGUCGAUAGCUGCUCCAAAAAUGGCUUUGAAAACUCCUACAAGAGCGACUGUUCAAUGGAAUGCUCUGAUCAUGGCAGCUAUAGACGAUGAUGAAAGUGGAGAAUGGACGAAAUAUGUGGAAUGGCCAAGAAAGAUAUUACGAUUCAAUCGGGUGCGCGCAGGUACUUAUGACGAGGGAACUGUCGUGCAGGGUAUCCACAUCAUUGCAGCAGACAAGUGGGACAUGGUGAUCUGUGGAAUGGAGAUUGCGGGUGGGCGGCGAGAUGGGCAUUAUUGGGCUCGCAUACGUGGAGCGGAUGAGUGGAUCAAGUUCGGAAGCCAGCUCGUCAUCAACGGCAAUGAUGUUACCGAAGAGGUGGUAAAGUCAGGUGGGCAUGUGGAUCUCCAAUGGGCAGAGACAGAGACACCACCAGAGUACAGACAAGACGCAGAGAGCAUCGAGAUAUAG